AUGAUACAGGUUCAGUGCAUACGCCUACGCCUCCUCGCCCUCGCCCUCCUUGGCCGCCUGAAUCCGCGCCAUAUAGUAUUUCUUCUCAUCGCCGGUCACCUCAUACACGUUCCAGCGUCUGGCCCACUUGACCAUAUCGUCCCUCGAACACUCAGCCGUGAAAUACUCCCCCCGCCCGAGCACCAUGGACUGCGCGUUCGACUCGCGCUACUUGACCGCGAGCCCGCGCGAAUCGAAGUACACGCCUCUCGGGGCGCCGCUCCAUCGGAUAUACCCGAGGUGAUAGCCUCUGGUGUGCAGGAAGACCAGAUCGCCGUGCCUGUUGAGGGCUAA